AUAUUCGUGUAUAUACGCGUGUGUCACGCGCGUGUGUGCGGGCGCGAGAGAACAAUUUAUUUUGUUGUUAUUGCUGUGUGAAUUUUUCGACGCGGAAAAAAAGGAAUUCGAGAAGCGGAGUGUGCGGUUUUUGACGAGAGUAAAACAUUGCGAGUUGAAAGGUCCAAACGACGGCGACACCGACGACGCUCUUUUCUCUCUCUCUCUCUCUCUCUCUCUCCGCCGAUGUCCUCCAGAUACGAUAUUCUUGGCGGGACAAACAAGGGUGAACGUACGACUGGGAGAGCGCGGACCGCGGCUCGCACGACUUCACGUACUCUCUUCGCCCCAAAUAGAACUCUCGCCGCGCUGUGUUGCCUGGUGGUAAACUCUCAUCUCGCAACUUUCGAUCGAGCGAGCGAGCGAGCUUGCUUUUCUUUGAAGAAUUUUUUUUUCCGCGCGCCGCGGCGCAGUUAAAAAUGCGCAGCAACUCGAACUCGUGUGACACGUGUCGUAAACAGCGUUUUGUCAUCGCACUUUGAACUAAUGUUUGUUUAAAACUUUUAUUUAAAUAAACCAAACUUAUUGGCGAGCGAUAUUUGUUUGAAGUUUGAAACGAGAAUUAUUAUGCGUUGGAUGUGUGUGCGAGAAGCGCACGAGAAGCGCACGGUGUUCGAUGGACGAUGAUGAGGUUUCUACAGUGGAAGAGGUAGAGAUAUGGAUCGGACCAUAAAAGUGGGUAAAUUCGAAUAAAAUCGAGUGUUUGUCUCUCAAAAAUCGAUUGAGAUCACGUCACGCAAAAAUGUGAAAAUUCCGCGCCGCACAUAUAUAUAGAAAAAGUCAAACACUUGGCGAUUCGCGCACGCGCUCCUAAGGAGAGGAAAAAGUUUCUCAACGACGACGGAUGCAAAAGUACGACGCUUGCUUCGCAUCCUUGGUGUGUUUCUCUCGAACAAUUAUUUUUUUAACUUCAGUCGCGUGUUGCUCGGAAGAAAAAUUCGCUAUUUCAUUUUCUUCAGAAACUGUGAACUCUGUAGCGCAACUCUUUUAAUUGUAAUCUUUUUUUUAUAAUUGUAAAAUAAACUUGAGUUUCGAGCGUGUAUGAAAACAUACGUAUAUAUAUAUAUAUAUAUAUAUUGACUUAAAACAAGCAAGAUUUUAAUUAUAAACUUUUCGUUCGAGGUGUUAAUCUCGUUUCACACUGUGUGCGCGCGCGCGUUUUUAUUUUGAAACAUCGAGAACUUCUCGAUUCGCUGCUGUGAAGUGAAAUCAAGAAACACGAAGCAAAUGUUCGAGAUGAUGCGAUUGCUGGUGGGUCUGCUGUUGCUGGCCUGCACGCAAAUUUUCACGGAGCACCGCGAAUUUCACGAUUCGCGCAAUCAGUACGGCUAUCACAAUCGGUUCUACAGUCAGCAGGAGAGAAUGACGAAAGACGUUCGCGUGAAGGAGGGCCAAUUGCGGGGCAUGGUGGUUCUGCCGAGGAGCAAUUACGAUCUGCAGCUAGUUGACGUUUUUUACGGAAUUCCUUACGCGGAGCCUCCGGUGGGAUCCUUCAGGUUUUCACCGCCACGCUCGCCGCAACCGUAUCGCGGAGUGCGGCUGGCUCAGGAAUUCGCUCCAGUUUGCCCUCAAGUCUUGCCGAAUCUUCGUGAGGUCGUGAAACCGGGCAGAUACAAGUACCUGGAAAGGCACCUGCCGUACCUGAGGAACCAGAGCGAGGAUUGUCUUUACCUCAACGUCUACGCUCCUCAUCAGGGACAGAAAAAUUCACGGAGAUAUCCGGUGAUGGUGUUUAUUCACGGUGAAAGUUUCGAGUGGAACAGCGGCAAUCCUUACGACGGCGCUAUACUGGCGGCUUACGGCAACGUCAUAUUUGUUACAAUUAAUUUUCGACUCGGUAUCUUAGGAUUUCUGAGACCCGGAAUUCGAGACGAUACGGCGAGCAAUUUCGGAUUGUUAGAUCAAAUAGCGGCAUUGUUGUGGUUAAAAGAGAACAUCGCGGAAUUUGGCGGCGAUCCUAAUAGCGUAACUCUGGUCGGUCACGGGACCGGGGCUAUUUUUGCAAAUCUACUUCUAAUCAGUCCGGUCGCCAACAAAAAAGGUUUGUUCAAACGAGCCAUUCUGAUGUCCGGAUCGGCAAUGAGCGCGGAUGCCAUCGGCAAGGCGCCACUGCAAAUUACCAAGCAGGUGGCGCACCAUCUCCACUGUCCCACCGCCAGCGACAGCGAACUGGCGCUAUGCUUGCGCAACCAGGACGUAGACAAGCUGCUACACGCGGAACUCCACAAGCCGAAAUACGUGCCGGCCUACGCGCCGUUAAUCGAUCGCGCUGUCAUUCCCGACAAGCCGUUCAACUUGAUGCAGAACGCGCAACUCUUCAGCAGGUUUGAUCUGAUGUACGGAGUAACGGAAUCCGAGAAAUUUCACAUCCUGCCACCAGUUGCUUUGUUGCACGGUAUGCAUGACGGACAACGGGAUGAAAUUUUGCGAGACUACGCCAAAGCGACGCACGAGCUAGAACCGGAGCUGAUCCUGUCGAAAGUGUUGGAGCAAUACGCCGACUUUUCCAGUGGAUUCACGAAAGAGUACGCCACAAAGAAUCGGGACAUGGUGCUCGAGGCGGUCUCCGACAGCGGCACUGUGGCGCCGUUAAUAAUGACUGCCAAUUUGCAUUCAAGGGCGAACCCGAAGAGCUACAUGUACGUCUUCUCGCAUCCGAAAGCUAUGCAAGACUACUCUGGCCAACAACGUCAACAUACCGUGCAUGGUGAGGAGUUGCCUUACGUAUUGGGUGUCCCAUUGGGCAGCAAGUACGAUUUGCGAGAUCGAUAUGAUAACAGUGAAAUGCUGUUUUCGGAAGCUAUUAUGACCUGGUGGUGCAGUUUUGCGUAUACCGGGAAUCCGAACGUCGUCGCCAAGCGAUUUCUGACCACCGGGAACAAGGAACGAGGUCGUUACGAGAUCGAGUGGCCCGAGUAUGAUCCCGUCAAUCAGACAUAUUUCAAUCUGACCAUACCGCCUGACGUAGGCUCGCAUUAUCGCGCGGCAAAGAUGCAAUUUUGGAACGAGGACCUGCCCAAUUUGCUCAAGCACCCGAAUCAAGAUAUUUCGAGUCCGAUCCGACCGAGAGGACCGCGACCGUCGAUUCUCGACUACAUCGAUAGGAUCGAUGAAAGAUACACAACUCCGUCCGGCAUCACGGACACGGCCGCGAACAAGUCGCCAUUUUCAAUCAUGGUCACGACCGGCGAAAGUAUUCGGGAAGCGAAGGAAACCGGGGCGGAAUCGAACACAUUGAAGACCUCGUCCGUGACUUUGUUGGUGAUCGUCUUUUUUGUGAUGUUUAUACUGAUAAACUUUACCGUAUUUCUAUAUAUCUAUUAUAAGAAGCGCAAUAUGAAGGGAAAAGAAAAGUCAUUGAAGAGACGAAACAGCGAGAAGAAAGACGAGUCCGUCAAGAGGUCGAAAACUGAUAAACACGAGAACCAUUACGGGCAGAUUGGAUACAAAAGUGACAGCAAGCCAGAUCUGAACGAUGUGAUAAAAAAUGACAAAGCUUACGACAACAACUCGAACUUCGGACGAAGAUCGAAGCUGUCGAGACAAAAUUCGAGCUCAACCAUCGAUACUCACAUCAAGGUCAGAGAGUGGAUUCAGCAAGAGAUAGUGCACAGAUGCUCGCCAAGGUUCUUGCGCAAAACGCGAGAAACAUUGCAGAAAGAGCAUCAGGAGAAACUGAGCAAGCAGGAGCGAGAGGAAAAACAACGGAUGGAGGAAGCGGCGUUGAAAGAAAAAAAAGACGAACCGAUUUACGCCGAGAGCCCGGCUUUGGUGGUGCGGCCUGGAAAGAAGUCGAAGCUGCCCAAGGUUUCCGUGGCUAUCGACGCCACACCCGCGACUAGAACCGAGUCUAUCUUGAAUCAGGUGCCCAUCGAAUUGACCAAGAGCAUCGAAACAACAGCGAAUACGUAUCAACCGAAUCUAGAUAGAUUGAUGGCACCGGAAGUGGUCGUUAUCGAGCACCAUCACUCCAGAAGCGAUCCCUUGCCGAUGGAUAUCGUUCUGAGAACGGUGAAACCGAAUUUUUCCACCCCAAGAAUCAACGAAUCGGAUUCGGGCAGCGCGAGCAGCUUGUACGCCAAAAUUAAUCCCAAACUUAAGUCCCGUCUUCCUCGUCCCGGUCUGGGAACAAGCGCGGAAACGCCAUUGUCCGACGAACUGAAGUACGAGAAUCCACUUGGCGAGGAGAUCUACAUGAAGACCGGACAGAUUUUAACGACCUUCGGCACGGGCGAUGUAAACGUCACGUGUCGAGAACCAACAAUGGAGAGAGAAUGCGUCAGUCCGGAAGAAGCCCUGCAGACGAUUAAACGUCGAAAUUAUCCCAAGGUGCUGCCGGAUAUUGAGAAGAGACGUUCGCUUCCGGCACCGAACAGUCUCUUCGUGCCCAAGCACCACGCAAAUUCGCUCAAAGACUAUAAAAGCGAAAAUCGUAUAAUUUUAUCAGCGAACCAACCGCCGUUACCGCCUCCGAGAACGUUCGGGAUCUCCAAGAGCUUGGAAAAGAACAGUUUGUUCGCGGAAGAGAGCGAGAAUCUGGGCGAGGAAGAGCACCCGAUCAGCACGACGAAUCUGCACGUGGGCCCGUUGCUGAAGCGACAGGACUCGUCGAAAAAUAACUCCGAUCCCAACAUCAUAGAUUCCUUGGAUGGGGUCAGAAACGUUCAACCGGGCGGUAGUGUGGAUAGCAUUUAUGCUAAUCCAAAAUGUCCGCUUCACGGAGGUCUCUAUUUGCCGUCCUCCUCAGCCCAGAGCGAGAACAUUAGCAAGUCCGUCGAGCUUCUCGAGGUGGGCAAUCCGAAUUGGUACAGACCAACGACGUGCGAGUCAUCAGCUGUAAUAGCGUCGACCUCCGAGCCGCAAAUCAUGAUCGCCGCGAACGAGAGACAGCCGUUACCGGGCGCGACGUCGCGUAUCGAACCGAGGAUCGUGAUCACGCCGAGAGUAAUUAAUCCGAGUCAAACGAAUCAGAAUCUGAUUUCGUUCUCGAAGGUGCCAAUUGUCGAGGACAAAAUUGACUACGAGCCGCGAACGGAACUGGGGCGAAACAACAAGGAUUCGUCGCCGGAAGGAUUGGACGCAUCCUGCGGUUCUUUGCUGAUCAGAGAAACGGAAAGGAGGGAACCGCGGAUAAUAAUAACGGCGCGGGAGCCGAAGAAUUGCUCACAGGCGAGCAGUCAGAAGCAGCCGAAGAUUAUCAUAAAGCCGACGGCGACUCUGCCGAGGUGCCGAGAUCAGAGGAAUAUACCGAAGGUGUCAGCCAUACCGUCGCCGGAACAGCAAAAUUGCCAGAACACCGAGAGAGACAGGGCGUUCGAGCAAAGAGAAAAGCCGUCCCUGAGGGAGAAACCGAGGGUUACGAGGAUUCCGUCGUUUUCGCGCAGGCGGGAGGAGGCCGGGAUUGAAAAGCCGUUGCACAUAGAGAAGACAGAAAUCGCGCAGAGAGCGGAGGUGGCGGCGCCCAGUAAAAUCACGAACGCGCCAUCGGCGGCGUCCGACGCCAAGUCGAGCAUACCUUCGCCAACGACAACGACGACGACGACGACGACGACGACGAUGCCGAAGAGCGAGAAGACUCUGAGCACCGAUUCGUCGUCCGCGAGCAACGGAAAUUCCAGCAACUCGAAUACCGGCACGAUUAAACGCAAACCGUCGAGCAAGAAAUAAUUGGCUUCGGCCACCCACGUGUUACGUUUCUGUCCUGUUUUGCAAAUGUAGAUGGAAUGUAGAUGGGGAUCUCUCACAGCCAUUCCGCCCGAACGUCGAUACGCGGUUCCGCGUAGCUACGGAUUUUUCCGCGAGGCAUUUUCCGUCGCAAUCAAAAUCGACGAUAUACAAGAAAACGAUCGUGUUCUUUUUUUUUCUUUCUUUUUUUUUAUCUUUUUUUAUUAAUUUUUUUCUACCUGCAGAAUCCAUUAAAAUAUGUAAACUUAUUAUUUCUUGUAGAGGUGGUGUUAUUUUUAUUACCACCUCUUCAAUUUAGACGUUAACGACGUAUUAAUUUUGCAUUUUUUUAAGUAAAAUGCCAGCGCAUUUCACCGUGUCUUGUGCAAUGUAACUUAUUUCAGACACGCAUAAUGUUAUUAUUUUACAUUAUUUAACAUAUCGUUACCUUACGUUGUAUUAGUAUUUAAAUUAGAUCGCGCUGUCUCUCUUUUCCAUUAUUAAUUAAAACCAAUCGCUAACACGCGUGCUAAAAUACGAUUGUUCAUCACACGUACGUACACUAAUAUUGUCAAUGUUUGAAACAAAACUUUGGAAAAAAAAAAAAAAACGGCGUGACAAUAAUAUCUCAUUAAACUUUAAGUGUGACUCUAAAGCGCUAACUAUGUAAUAGCACAGACGUAGAAUUAUAUAGACUGCGCGUUUGGCUGAAAAGAUGUCUUCAUGGUUGAGGGAGACAGCAUACUUUGAAUAGUAACUCUUUCUCUGUCUAUCAAUGUAUCUGUGGUGGGAUCAGGGCCUACCGUUUCAUAUCACCUAUAUAAUCUGCCAUCACCCCUUAAUCUCUUUCACUCCUCUUCACCCCCACUAUUUUUCUAUCCCCACUUUCCGUUACUAU